AUGUAUGCAGUAUUUGACUUGAAAGACAGUUAUGUUAUCUGCAAAUGUCCAGACUGUACAAAGUUGGAUAGCUGUGGAAAGAAACAGAAAAGACAAAAUGCACAACAACACUAUGAAAAACAUAUAGUGCCUGUUGCCAAAGACGAUGCAAUGGAUGUUCCUGAAGAACAUUUUGACAACAUGGAAGUAGAUAGUAUUGACAGUGACAAUGACAAUGAUUAUGAUUACGAAAACAAAGGCGAAGGCGAAUAUGAAGAUGAAAAUGAAGAACAAAACAUUGAAUUUGAUCAAGAAGUUGACUUACCUUUGUCCCAAAAAGAGUCCAUCUUUACUGCCGAAGAUACAAUUACAAGAGCAUUUGUGGUUGAUAGCAAUGAGAUUGAAGAAGGUGAUACCAGUUUUGAUUUUGAACAAGAAGAAAACUUUGAUGAGACCAGUGGGACCUUGAUAGUAGAAUCAGAUAUGAAUUAA